AGCCAGCUUGGAUCAUCUUCAGAACCUCCUGUCCUCGUGGUCCUCAUGGGAAUCCACCCAAACUCCAACCUCUGAACGCGAGGGACAGGAGCAGCAGAGCACAAGGCUGAGUGGAACCGACGUCUACUUCCCCUCAUCCGGGCCCGCCUCUGCAGCGGUCCCCUCUGUGCUAUCUCGCCUUGGUCCUUUGGGUUCCUUUCGCUCUCCUGGGGCUUCAGAGCGUGGAUCCAUAGCACCACUG